UUACCAACGGCUGCGAUGUCAAACCAUCCGUGGCCGUCAAUCCUCCCAAGAUCACCAUUUCCGGCCAUUCUGAUGAGCUCUAUACUCUGGUCAUGACCGACCCGGACGCACCCAGCCCGAGUGAGCCUAGUAUGAGAGAAUGGGUCCAUUGGGUCGUGGUGGACAUUCCUGGAGGCACCAACCCGACUCGAGGGAAAGAGAUCCUGCCCUACAUGGGUCCACGUCCGCCGGUGGGAAUACACCGAUACAUAAUGGUGCUUUUUCAGCAGAAGCGUCCACUGGGGCUGAUCGAGCAGCCGCCAUCUCGUGCCAACUUCAACACUCGACUGUUCGCCGGGCAUUUGGACCUGGGGCUUCCGGUAGCCACCGUUUACUUCAAUGCUCAGAAGGAGCCGGCGAGCCGCAGGCGUUGAGGUGGAGAGUAAAUAAAAAUAGUAAUAGUAAUAUAAAGAGGUGCUAGGUAGCUGAUGAGAGUUGUGUGAAGCUAGCUAGCUCUUGUGGUUUGGUUGGUUUGUUGCUGCAUUUUAAUGGUUUGUGAAUGUAAAGUGGUUUUUGUUUUCAGUGUGUUGUUUGUAUGCGACGUCGUUUAAACUCUCUCUUCUUUUAUUCUGAACGAGAAGGAAAAGAAAUACAGUAUGUGCGUUGUUGUUUUAGCUAGAAA